AUGUAUUCUGACUUCCAAAUGCUCUUGUUUUCAACAAUUCCUGGCCAACUCAACACUAUUUUCUCGAAAACUCUGAUGAGAUACGGGUUUGAACCAACAACUGCAAUGUGAGUUAUUGUAUCUCUCUGAGUAAACGGGCAAUUUUUGAAGGGUUUCCAUUGUUUCGUCUUUAAUCGCCACUUCUAUGGGUUUUGGGAUGCUGUUUUGCAUAUUUUUCAUUGUACCUCUUAUGGACUCUAGAGGGAGAAAGUUUGUUUGUGUGACUCUGAGGUGCGUUUCACAAUUUCUGUUGAUAAAAUCGAGGGAAGAAUCGUUUAAAAACACCUUUUUCUGGUUUCGCAAUCAAGCUGAAAAUCAAGUUAGAUUCGAGUUGCGUGUUGAUAAUUAAUUCAACACGCUGCUAAAUAUUGAGGCCGAAAACAACUUUUUCAGAUUUUUCAUUGGUAGUUCCUCGUGUAUUUUCCAAUUGUUAGCCGCGCAGUUCAACUCAGCAGAGUUUUUUUUUGUGGGCCAAAUCUUGGUAGGCUGCAACUAUCCGAUCCGCUUAAUUGUCACCAUUAUGUUCGUCGGUGAAUGCGCGGCUGACAAAAACCGAGGUGAGAAUUUAUUUUUUCAUUUAGGCAAUAUAACGAAUGAUUUCCAUCUUUGCUCAUUUCUUAUCAUUUUGUGACUUUCUGUUAUCUCCAAAAAGAUAAAAAACAAAACACUGAGGUAACUCAUGCAAAGUCAAAAAUAUAUGAAAAAAACGGAGAUGUUAAAAUAAUUUUUCCUUUUUUUAGGUUUUGCUACAACAACUUUGAUUGUGUGCGACGUCCUUGCCUCGUUAGUUAUGUGCGUGAUUUUUUUAUGGAUACCUCGAAAAAUUUUAAUUCAUCAAUUUUUGAAAAUCAAGUCCACCUCGACUCUAUCAAAAAAAUUGUGAGGCUCAUUUAGAAGUCUUAAUUUUUUUGAUGACCGUUCACACUUUUUGUAAAUUAAACUUUUUUUAGUUUUUCACAACUAUUCUCUUAAUCAUUCCCAAUUUCUCAUCAAGCUGCUUUUUGAACUUACGAAGGUUUUUCUCAGUAAACUUAAAGAAAACUUUAAACUACAUAUUCAGGAGGAAUUCCUCAAUAAAAAGAGUAGAAAUCAAAUUAAGGUAUUCGACAAGCUCGCCAAGCGUUCUUGGAAACGACAGUUGGUUCAUAUACCCUCUCGCUUCGUUUUUCAUGUGAGAAGGUUCAAAUUAGAAAAAAAAAUCAAAAAUAAAACUUUAGGUCCUUAGCUCUGUUCGUGACUACAGCUGGACUACCGGAAUCUCCGAAAUGGCUCGUUCGUAAAAAUGAACAUCGUGCGGCGGCACUGGCCAUUCGUUUCUAUCAGGACAGAGAAACAAAUCUCGGUAGCUUUCUUUCAUUUCGGAACUAUUCAUUUUUUUCAGUUGGCGUUUAUGAAGCUCUUGUCCGGGAAAAUAAUCUGACCAAAAGCGGGAAAAUCAGCUUGAGGGAAGUUUGCACGGAUCCAACUUUGCGAGAAGCCCUCAAGAUUGUGAUCGCUGUCCAGUUAUUCCUAGUGACCUCCCCGGUCCCAGUGGAAAGAAUGUACACGGUGGUUCUGCACAAUACGCUCGGACUAAGUGUUGAUCAAGUUGGAUGUAAUAUUUUUCCUCAGCUUCAAUUUCUUUCCAGUCGCUCAAUGUUAACUUUUUCACCUCAUUGAUUUUUGCUCCGGCAAGAUUUGUCGGGAGCUACGUCAUUGACAUCGUUGGCAGAAGAUUUGUUGUUUAUAUGGCUGGAGCAAUUAUGUAAAUUUGCUUUUCUAUAUCAAGCUUCUUUUUAAAUUUAGGUAUCUGAAAGUUUUGAUAAUGGCUUUCGCGCAGUUUGUUGCGUUUGAGUAUGGUCCUUGCACUCUUACUAGAAUCUUGGGUGGGUAGAUGAUUAUUUCAGAUUGUUGAAUGUGUCCUUCUUGAGUAAUCGUCAGUGAAGCUCUGUCGGAAUUGAUAACGGCUACUGGCAUCAGCGCCCUCGCGACUCUCUUGAUUGUGGAGCUUUUCCCUCCAGCUGCGCGGGUUUCCGUAGCACAAGUAAAUUUUUCUUAGACAUUAACUCUUUAACUGUUAUUUUCAAAUCAUGAUUUAGCUAGAUAGCUUAUUAACAAAUUUAGACUUAUUCAUCGUCUCGGAAAACAGUUUUUCACAAAAAAAUGUAUAUUUAGCGUCCUUGAGUUCAAAGCGUUCACUCUCAAAAUAAUAAAUCUAGUAAGAAUCAGGUGUUGAAUUAUUAUCCAAAUCUCGGAGUAAUUACGAUCAUUUACAACAGGUUAUUUUCUAGAUACACACUUAAAUCUAACAUAAAAAAGCGGGAAAUGGUGAGUUUUUUUCUUGUUUUUUCGUCCGUAACUUUUUCGAAAACAAUUAUAUCAAUCUGAAAUUUUAACCAACCAAGUAAACUGAUGUUAUGGACAAAUAACCGAUUUGAACCGAUUUCAAAAAUGAACUUCAAAAAUUGUAUUUUUUGAACAAUUUUCAAAACCGCAAAAAUUAAAUGAACAGAUAAAAAUUCAACAAAGCCCGUAAAUUGAUAUAGAAGACUUCGAAUCAAAAAAUUAAGUAAAACAGAUUUAAUACUCCGUAGCAUAGCUUUUGGAUUUGAUAACAGCUUUGCAUUUCUGAGACAUCGUCUCUAUAAGUGUGUCCAAAAUUGGGAUCUUCUUCCAAACUUCUACGAUUUGCUUUUUCGAAACUUUAGGUUUAAAUAUUUUUAACAAAGUUAUAAACGAAAAAACCAAAUAAAAAAACUCACCCAUUUUUCUACUGUAUGUCAAAGUUUCAACUCAGCUUGCAAAUUUCAAUCUACGUUUUCUCUUAUUUAAUAUGAAAAAAGAAAGAACCAAAAUUGAAGACUGUACAAAAAUUAAAUCGUAGUGAAACCUGUGAAAGAUUUCAGAUCAACGUGUUGCUCUCAAUGAUUUCUGCUCUACCACUGGUUACCCUGUAUCCAAUUUUGAAUGCAAUUUUCCCGCCAGCUUUUUACGUCCCUUUGAUGAUCCUUCAACCCUUCUUCAUAUUCUUCCUUCACAGGUAAACGCACUUCACAAUGAAUCGGAAAUAUUGAAGAAUGUAUUUUAGACGAAUGCCUGAAACAAAGGCACGAGCUGUUUGUGAUAUUGUUGCUGAAUUAGAUAGCGAUGUCCGUUCCAGAGUUAGUGCCUUUAUUCCCGCUUGCACAAUUUUUCAUUUGGCUUUUCCGAUAUAUAGAAGCUUGUUCUUAACGUUAUUUGUUUCUGAAAAAAAACAAUUAAGGCCACAACAAUGUACGAAUACAGCCCAUUGAUUCGCAUCAAGGUGUACUGGAUACAAAAAAAAAGUGGAAAAAUUUCUGUUUAGGCGAAAAGUUAUACUGAUCUGCAGAACAUGGUUAUCCGAGAGCCAAGAAGACCAAGGGUAAGUAGAUAUUAUUUUUAUAUCACAUAUAGAAAUUUUUAAGGCAAGUACAGUAACUGCUCCAGAUUGGGAAGCGCUCAGAGAAUUAUUGUAA